UGAACCGACUACUAGAGUUUAGAUUUUCUGCCUCAACGCGAGCCUAAACCGCAGCCUGAACUCCAGCCUGUCUGACCCGAUGCAUGAACUCGGGCUGGCGAGAAUUCCCCCCGCUGUUCUCGGGCUCUCUCAGGUUCAGCAGAAGAAAAUCUUAUGUGUUUUAAUGUAAUAAAUCACACUGUGAUUUUUGUGCUGAUCCACCAGUUACAGCUUAUCUGCGCGUUUAAAGCUCAACGCAUGAAUUAAUUGAUGCGCUGCGCAGGUCAGGCAGAACGUGCGGGAUUGAGUCGGUGAUAUGUAGGAGAUGUAUAUGCAGUUGCAGACACUUAAUAAUCUGCUGGGAUAUUUUUUGGUGUAAAUGUGUAGAGAGAAUAAAGGCAGGAGGAGAGAAUGAGACCUGCCUCUCCGUCUGCUCUUUAACAAGCAUACUAGAGCAGCAGACGAGCUGCUACAUUUGGCUUGAGAAAUAUUUGGCAUUAUGAUGUUAAAUGUAUCAGAAUAAGUGGAUUUCUAAAAAUGUGUCCACAAUAUCUGACAUAAAUUUGUUAAAUGACUCUAAACAAGACAUCACAUAUUACUAAAUUACCAAUGUUUAAAAAUGUAGUAGAUCCUGUUAACUAAGUCGUGAGUUUUUAGGAAUUUUAAUGGUGAAUAAUGUCUAACUUUUGUCAUGUAAUAACUAGUUGAAGCAUUAAUUAAAAAUUUUACAGUGUUUCUUACUGUUGUAAGCACAGUUGACUGAUGUAAACUAAUUGUUAAUGUUACCUUUAUUUAAAAUAUUUUGUUACAUAUACAGAUAUGCCUAACAAAGUGACUUAAGUUUGAACAGAAGUAACAUUAUAAAGAAAAAAUAUUUAUUUCAGCUGCUGACAGCAUGUUUUAUACUGUACUAUUCCACAAUAGUACAAUCUAUUACUUAUUUUAUUAUCUACAUUAUUUCAUGCAUUUAUAAGUUUAAAAAAAAACUUUAGUUUUAAACACUGGCUGUAUUUGGAAUGGCAUACAACUAUACUGCAUACUGCACUAGUAUGUACUGCAUACUACACACUGCCCAGUAUGUAGUAUUCGGUACUCCAACAAUUUUGAUUGUAGUACCCUACACACUCCCGUGACACACCAGUCAAUGCUCUGUCAGCACCCCCCCUCCGCCCACCACAAUAUCAUCGACAAUCGCGUUGUUUCACUGUAAACAUCGUCAUCUGCCCAUUGAGGAGACAUCGUCCAACCCUAAUUACUGUCAUUGUUUAAGAUGCAUGAAAUAUUUUAUAAUUUAGUGUAAAGGAAAAGGCUUCGGACAUCAUUGGUCACAUGAUCAAUGUAGAACGAAUCAAGCUUUGGCACCGUGAUUCAAACCACUGCAUGUUGUUUUUUCGGCACACGUUUCUUUAUUUCUUUCUUUCUUUAAGUUCUCAGUUUCUAGUGAGACCAGAACAGAAUUAAGAGUGUCUGAACAGUGGGAAGUCCUUAUAAAGGCACUAAACAGGUGGCUGGAAGACCACCAGCGCCCCCCUUUUUAUGGAAAUAUGAAGAUGUCCCAGUAGUUUUAUCUGUAUAGUUUAACUCAGAGACUGUAAAAAAAGAUGGAAGCCGUGUCUCCGUUCCCAUUCAUUCAAUGAAAAUGAAGCCAAAAUCUUCCGCCAUGUUGGCGAUCCUGACACCCGAUUCUGCGCAAUAGUGACCAGAGGAGGGAGAAAGACUGUGGAUAGCAACCUACUCAUUUGAAUAACCCCGCCCCUGAGGGCUGCCUCGCGGUCACAGACUGCGGAAGGUAGCCUGUGCUCCUACAUGGGGAUCUGCCCUAUUUUAUCCCUAUUCUGAAAGCAGCGUGAGAUGCAUGCUUUAUGAUGAAUUUCACCAGAUCAGCGCUCCAGCGCUCAGAUAAAUACAUGGUGGACGGAGCCGGCACUGCCAGGGAGUGUCUCUACAAAUGGAUGAACAUGGGCCAGGAAAGAUGAACUCCGGUCAGACCGGCUGGAGGCAGCGUUAGCUCCUUUUAUAAAUGAAAAUAUUCUCCUGAAAUUCACCACCAACAACCAGGAUAUUUAUCAAAAGAUCAAAGUUAAACUGCUGAAAGAGGGGAAGCACAAGCCAUCCUGAAGAAUCUGGAGAACACACAAAAAUAGUUUGCUACAUUUAACAGACAAAUAAAGCCAAGUCCCGACAUGGAGAAACAUCAGCACUCUGUCAAGAGUUUUACUCAACAGAGUGAUCUCAAAAAACACCAGCGCAUUCACACAGGAGAGAAACCACAUCACUGCUCAGACUGUGGGAAGAGUUUUAAUCGACAGAGUCAUCUCCAACAACACCAGCGCAUUCACACAGGAGAGAAACCGUAUUACUGCUCAGACUGUGGGAAGAGUUUUACUGAACAGAGUACUCUAAAAAUCCACCAGCGCAUUCACACAGGAGAGAAACCGUAUCACUGCUCAGACUGUGGGGGGAGUUUUAAUCGACAGAGUCAUCUCCAACAACACCAGCGCAUUCACACAGGAGAGAAACCGUAUCACUGCUCAGACUGUGGGAAGAGUUUUAAUCAACAGAGUAAUCUCAAAAUACACCAGCGCAUUCACACAGGAGUAAAACCAUAUUACUGCUCAGACUGUGGGAAGAGUUUUACUACCCAGAGUGAUCUUAAAAAACACCAGCGCAUUCACACAGGAGAGAAACCGUAUUACUGCUCAGACUGUGGGAAGAGUUUUACUGAACAGAGUACUCUAAAAAUCCACCAGCGCAUUCACACAGGAGAGAAACCGUAUCACUGCUCAGACUGUGGGGGGAGUUUUAAUCGACAGAGUACUCUCAAAACACAUCAGCGCAUUCACACAGGAGAGAAACCGUAUCACUGCUCAGACUGUGGGAAGAAUUUUAAUCAACAGAGUACUCUCAAAACACAUCAGCGCAUUCACACAGGAGAGAAACCGUACCACUGCUCAGACUGUGGGAAGAGUUUUAAUCAACAGGGUCAUCUCAAACUGCACCAGCGCAUUCACACAGGAGAGAAACCGUAUCACUGCUCAGACUGUGGGAAGAUUUUUACUACCCAGAGUGAACUUAAACAACACCAGCGCAUUCACACAGGAGAGAAACCAUAUUACUGCUCAGACUGUGGGAAGAGUUUUAAUCAACAGAGUACUCUCAAAACACACCAGCGCAUUCACACAGGAGAGAAACCGUAUCGUUGCUCAGACUGUGGGAGGAGUUUUACUACCCAGAGUCAUCUCAAAAAACACCAACGCAUUCACACAGGAGUAAAACCAUAUUACUGCUCAGACUGCGGGAAGAGCUUUAAUCGACUGGGGACUCUCAAACUGCAUCAGCACAUUCACACAGGAGAGAAACCGUAUCACUGCUCAGACUGUGGGAAGAGUUUUAAUCAACAGAGUAAUCUCAAAAUACACCAGCGCAUUCACACAGGAGUAAAACCAUAUUACUGCUCAGACUGUGGGAAGAGUUUUACUACCCAGAGUGAUCUUAAAAAACACCAGCGCAUUCACACAGGAGAGAAACCUUAUUACUGCUCAGACUGUGGAAAGAGUUUUGCUACACAGAGUCAACUUAAAAAUCAUCAGCGCAUUCACACAGGAGAGAAAACUGUCCCAAAUUUGUUCCACGGCAAUAAAAAGCGCAAAUCGUAAAUCUUUCAGACAGAACACCUUAUCCUACACAAAUGUUUCACUUUGUUACUUGGACACGUUCCACCAGAAAUAAACAUGAACUGAAUUUAACAAUGGAUUUUACAGGUUCAGCAAAAUGAAUCUGAUCCAGAUGAUGUUUAUUGAAAUUAAUGUUAUGUUUUCUCGUACGUUUGAUAUUCCAGGACAUUCACUCGUUGAUGUACUUUUACUCUUUUCUAAUAUAUAUUUAUAUAUAUAUAUAUAUAUGUAAUGCUGAAACUAUUUUUCCAGUAAACUUUCAUACAUUUUAAAUUCUAA